AUGAUUCCUUCGAGCAAGGCGGGCCAAGGUCUCCGCUAUCAUGCUGGCAGGAACCAAAAGAACAAUGCUGGCGCUGGUCUGCUCUUGGUUUGGGCCCUAACGCCGACGGCGUCCAUUAUCCCCUUGUCGGGUUCUGGUCGCCUAAACACAUACAUUUCCAGUGGCACUGCUAGGCCAUGGGGCGGGAUUCAAUAUGAGCAGGCCGUCGGUCCUUGA